UCUUCGUUCCUUGCUACCACCAUGUUCCUUACCGCUGAGACCAGGCGCUACAUAAUUUCGGUGGAGGCGCGGCCGGUAUUCACAUGUUAGUUUGAAUGCCGACGGAUGAAAUGCCGGGGUCCACGACAGCCGCUCUGCAGUGAACGUCCAGCAUGGGGUCCAGUUUCUCCUCCAACAAGGCCGUCGUCUACGGCAAACGUCUCGAGCGUGCUCGUCUUUUGGAGGAGGUGGCGAGCACCUCCGACAAGAACAGUGACCGUGAGAAGUACUUGCAGGCAACCGCCUGCGAGAUUGUAUCUCGUAUUGAGAGCGGCGAAUGGACGGCUACGGAGGUCCUUGAGGCGUACAUCGCGCGUGCAGUUGAGGCUCAGGCGGCUACGAAUUGCUUGACGGAAGUCAUGUUCAAGGACGCACGCGCGCAGGCCAAAGACCUCGACGCUGAGUUUGCAGCUACCAAGAAGCUCCUCUCACAGAGAGUAGACAGAGUCAAGGGUUACGACACAACGAUUGGCUUCACUCAAUGGGCCAACGAUCCCGCCGAAGAGAACGCGGCACUCGUAGCCCAGAUCAUCGCUGCAGGAGGUAUUCCGAUGGUCAAAACGAACGUUCCUCAGACUAUGCUUUCAUUUGAAUGUAAUAACCCCCUGUGGGGACGCACUACCAACCCGUACAACCCCGGUUACACUUGUGGUGGUAGUUCUGGAGGCUCUGAUAUUGCCGGCAGUCUACGUAUCCCAGCUGCGUAUUGCGGUAUCUACUCCCUCAUGCCAUCCUUCCCCAGGGUCUCUACAUUCGGAUGUCGAGGACCCGAUCCCGGUUUCGAAGGACUGAUAGCAAUCAAUGGGCCAAUGGCUAGGUCAGUUGAAGAUUUGAAGCUCUUCUGCCGCACCCUGUUCGGUGUUCCAGAUGCCAUUUCCCUUGUCCCCCCUAUGCCCUAUCGGGAGCACAAUUUGCCCGAGAAGCUCAAGUUUGGUUACUAUACAUCAGACGGAUUCGUUAAAGCGUCUCCGGCUAAUAAACGCGCAGUUCUGGAAACUGUCGCCGCGUUGCGCAAGCAAGGCCACGAAUGUAUUGAAUUCGAGCCUCCUAAUGUGCACGAAGCACUAGUGGCCUUUGUAGCGCUCAGUUCUUCAGACUCGUACAGAAACAUGCUAAGUAAUCUUGGUCCUGAUGCUCUGGACGAUACACUUAAAUUAGUCGUCUAUGGCUCAAGAAUUCCAUAUCCGCUGAAAGCCUUGGCGGCUUUUAUUGUUUCCAAAAUCCUGCAGGAUUGGAGGGCUGCAGAUGUCCUUCAUGCUGCAGGCUCGAAGUCGUACUCUCAAUACAGCAAGUGGACUGAAAAGAGGCAGGCUUACAACCGGAUGUUCUAUAUGAACGUCUGGAAUAAGUAUGACUUCGAUGGUAUCAUAGCUCCGGUUCAAGCUCUUCCGCAAUUGAUCGAGGGUGGUGCAACAGAGUUUUCUCCUCUUGUCAUGGGUACAGUGCUUUACAACGUUGUCCAGAGCAGCGCCGGGUGCAUUCCUGUAACACGAGUUGAUCCCGAGAAGGAUAAGUUGACGGAAGAGUGGACGAAACGUUCACCCGACAAAGUGAGCAUUCUGGAGGAUCAGCUUUAUAGAGAAAAGAAGCCGUUUUAUGAUCCGGUACCUAUGAAGGGCUUGCCAGUGGGUAUACAGGUGGUGGCAAAGAAGUGGGAGGAGGAGAAGGUGUUGGCAAUGAUGAGUGUCAUCGACGCAGCUUUAGGGGAGGAUAGGGGAUUUGGGCCGGGCGCUUGUAGGCUCCCGCAAAAAUUAUAAAGAAGGUAAUGUUUAUUUUCUUUCACGAUUCUUAGACAAUGGGUGUAUGUAUAGUAAUUAUGGGGUCCUCAUUUCUCGAGAAAUUGAAAAAUUCGAACGAAGACAGGUUUUGUCGGAGAUUCCCGAGCCUGCCCUCAAGCCUAUCCAAGUAC